AUGGCAUUCUUACUAAUCUCCGAGGUGCUGGCCGCCCUCAAACGGUGGCGUAGCAAGCUCGCCGGCGAGCGCCUGCUGGACAGCGUGCCCGACGUCCCCUACCACCCGCUGCCCGAUAGUGAUGCUGCUGCCGCCGGCGAGGGGUCGCCGCCGUCGUGCUGCGUGAUCUGCAUUGAGGAGUACGAGCGCGGCGAGAGGUGCUUCGUCAUGCCAGGAUGCGCUCACAUGUUCCACAGAGAAUGCAUGCGCAAGUGGCUGCGUCAAGGCAACCCCACCUGCCCAAUCUCUAGAGCAAAACUAGUCGCGCCAGCAGAAGAACGUGUUAGCACGGCAGAGGACAUGGUGUAG